UUGACGCCAUAUUGCUGGUGUGGACGAGUCACAGAGAGACACGGCGCGGCUGCCAGCAACGCCAUCGCGCUUCAUCGGCCACCCUAGGCCGGGUAACUUCCCAUCCAGCUGCUCCCACCGGCCCAGACACCCUCCCGGAUACGGCCCGGGGAGGAUUUGCUGCGGGCGGAGCUCCAGAGUCCAGCCGGGGCAGGAGCUCCGGGCCGCUCCCUGGAGACUCAGGCCGCCGGCAAGAAGAAAGCCGAGGCGGCGCGUAGCGGGGGCGAGCCUGGCGCGGGGCGCCAGCGGCUGAAGGGGUGCCCCUCUGUCAGAUCUCCCGGCCGCUUUCUUGGGUGGGGGAGGCCGCGCCGGUUCAGCCGUCGCCGCCCCCUCCUCCUCCUCCUCCUCGCCCCUUCCCCGGCCGCCCUCCUCCCUUCCUUCUCUCCUCCCCCCGUUCGGCUCGGCCAUGGCCUGCGGGGCCACUUUAAAACGGACUCUGGAGUUCGACCCUCUGCUGAGCCCGGCCUCGCCGAAGCGGCGACGUUGCGCCCCAUUGUCCGCCUCGGCGGCGGCCGCCUCCUCCUCCUCCUCCGCGGCCUCCUUCGCCUCGUCCCCGCAGAAGUACCUGCGCAUGGAGCCUUCGCCUUUCGGGGAAGUGUCCACUCGCCUCACCACAGAACAAAUUCUGUACAAUAUAAAACAGGAGUACAAACGCAUGCAGAAGAGGAGACACUUAGAAAACUUUCAGCAGACAGAUCCCUGUUGUUCUACUGAUGCACAGUCACAAGCAUUUCUCCUUACUGGACCAGCUUUGCCAGGUACUUCAACUGCAGCAGCAUCACCACUGAAAAAAGAACAGCCCCUCUUUACUCUCAGACAAGUUGGAAUGAUCUGUGAACGCUUACUCAAAGAACGUGAAGAGAAAAUUCGUGAAGAGUAUGAAGAAAUCCUGACCACAAAACUUGCAGAACAGUAUGACGCAUUUGUGAAGUUCACGCAUGACCAAAUCAUGCGACGAUAUGGAGAACAGCCUGCAAGUUAUGUUUCAUGAAUCAUGUUUUCUGCAUACGUGGGCAGCCCUGAAACCCUGUUCUAUUGUUGCAAGCUGUCCUUUAAAGACUUGCAACAAUGCCAUAUUCCCCCCUCUCCCCACAUACACUGGUUACUUCAAGCUUUUGUCAGUGGCAACCACUCUUAUGCAGCAACUGGUUUUGGAGUGCUCCCUGAUGUCAAUACCACCUGGAUGUGGACCUUUGCUACCUGUUAAUACCAGUGGUCUCAUUUGCUGUAUCAUUACAAUUUGGCUUAUGUUAAUAAGUUUGAAAAGUAAAAGGAUUAAAGCUGGUGUACUAGAACUCUGCCCUUCACUGGUUGUGUAAAUAAAA